AUGGGCGGACAGCAGUCGGCGCCCAUUCCUGCCACACACACGUUGGGCAAAAUUUAUCUAAAACACCGGUUCACGUAUUGGGCCCGACAUGGAGUGAAAGGACCCAAUUAUGUGUCCGUUCGGGCGUUGCGUCAAAAAUUUGUUGACAUUUCAUCGGAGAAAAGCAGAAAAUACGGCCGACUCUACGGCUCCUAUAUGUUCACCAAUAAGUGGCUCACAAUCAACGAACCGGAACUCAUCAGAGAUAUCGCUGUCAAGGAUUUCCACACAUUUCCGAACAAAUAUGACAUGAAUUACGGCAAAACAUACAUCACUUCCUCGUUAUUCCUGAUGAAAGGCGACCACAAUUGGAGACGAGUCCGCUCUGUCGUCACCCCUGCCUUCACUACAGGAAAGUUGAUAUCAAUGAUGGCCAGCAUUGAAGGAAUCGCUGACCAGUUUGUGGUCACUUUAAAUACGUUUGCCAAAAACGGCGAAACAAUAGAUAUGUGCAAAUAUUUUAGCGCUUUCGCGAUGGAUGUGAUCAGUGCCUGCGCUUACGGUAUAAAUGUUGAGUCCAUUAAUAAUCCCAAUCAUCCCAUUGUUGUCAACGCUAAGAAAAUACUGUCCGUUAACUCAAACCUGAAUUAUGCCGUAUCAGCACUUUUGCCACCGAUUGCCCGACUCUUACGUCUGGAACCGUUUAACACAAACGCUAUUAAAUUUUUUGAUUCGUUGGUCAAAGAUAUAGUCAAUGAACGCAAGAUAUCGACAAAUGAGGGCAAAAAGAGAUUAGAUUUCAUACAAUUAAUGAUUGAUAGCGAGAGACAUGACAGAAACUUUGAUUCGAAUAACAAGAAUAAAAAAGUGAUACAAAACUCGGCUGAAAAUUCCAACAAAAAGACAAUAAAGUCUUUAAGCGAUACUGAGUUAACGGCUCAGGGAUUUACGUUUUUCAUCGCCGGUUACGACACGACCAGCGCUUCGCUCUCUCAUGUCGUCUAUUAUUUGUCUCAAAACAAAGACAAACAACAGAUUCUGAGGGAAGAACUCAACGCUUUGGACACAGAC